AUGGAGGCCAUCGAGGAGCUGGCGCUCAAACCCUGCACCUCCUCCCUCUACCUGCGGCCUUUCCGCCUCUGUUACCGGCAGAAUGGCACCAAGAAGUUCUGGGAUUUUAUGAGGACACAUGACAGUGUGUCAAUCCUGAUCUUUAAUACUUCUCGGCAGUGUUUUGUUUUGGUGAAGCAGUUCCGCCCAGCUGUUUACAUGUGUGAAGUAGAAAGGCAUCAUCCUCAAGUCUUUCAGAAUCAGGACAAGGAGAGCUUCUCUCAUCUAGAGGAUCCCUUACCUGCUGUGGUAGGAGUGACCUAUGAACUCUGUGCUGGCAUUGUAGACAAACCAGACCUUUCUUUAGAAGAAAUUGCAUGUGGGGAAGUCUUAGAAGAGUGUGGCUAUCGUGUUCCCGUUACAGACCUAAGGAGGAUCACUUCGUACAGGUCUGGAGUUGGUGUGACAGGUUCUAGGCAGACGGUAUUUUAUGCAGAAGUAACAGACCAGAUGAGAACUAGUGAAGGAGGUGGCCAGCCUGAAGAAGGAGAGCUGAUUGAAGUUGUAGAAAUACCUUUAGAAGACUCCAUGAAGUUUGCUUAUGAUGAGACUCUCCCAAAGACGAUGGGUGUUAUCUUCAGCUUCAUGUGGUUCCAAAACAACGUAGCACCCAAGCUACCAAAAAGUAAAAUCAAAGCACCACGAUUCUAAGAAAAGCUUUCAUGCGGGUUCUGUGGAUACAGAAAACCGCAAAUCUGCCUGCCUUGAUCAACUCAACUUUUCACAGAGCAAAUCUUUCUUGAAAUAAAUUUGAAAGUAAAAUCUGAAUUAAAAUCCUGACCCAAUUUCCAUCAUUAGCAAAACACUUACUGGCUUCACUGGGGCCAAGAUUUGCCUCUGAGACGCAAAUGUUGAUUUUUGCACAAAGGCUAAGUAAAUGUGUCCAGUUCUCCUUUUUCAUGGCAUUGCUCUACCGCUAUUUUGAGGAGUUGCUCAGGACCUCAGUGCAGCUGCUACACGAGCCUGUCACUGUGGUCUGCACUUAGUGGCAGCUGUGUAUUCACUGUAGUUUCUGAUAU